AUGUGCCUUUACUUACAAAUAUCAGACUACUCGGCAAAUGCCUAUCGGCGUACUUUAUGCUACAAUCUUGAGAUGUGUUUUCAUGAAACAUUUCACCCAAUAGAAGUCACAACUGGUCUCUGGAUAGUUCCAAAAUGGAAAACUCCUCCAGUUCAAAAUGCAACCAAUAUUGUCCUCAGUCCAGGAAUGGCUUUCGGGACUGGUGAACAUCCUACAACUAAGUUGUGUUUAUGUUUGUUGCAUAGCUUGAUCAAAGGAGGGGAAAAGUUUCUUGACUAUGGCACAGGCUCUGGAGUACUUGGAAUUGCAGCUUUGAAGAUGGGUGCUGAAUUUUCAGUAGGAAUAGAUGUAGAUUCCCAGGCAGUUGCAUCUGCUCUUCAGAACAUUGCCUUGAAUGAGAUAGAGACCGAUAAAAUGAAGGUUUAUUUGGUUUCUGGAGUUGAAAGCUCAAAUAGAAAGGAACUCUCUGCUGCAAAGUUGAAUUUCGAUAUUGUGAUUGCAAAUAUACUUCUGAAUCCAUUGUUGGAGCUUGCAGAGGACAUAGUUUCCUAUGGGAAGCCUGGUGCAGUAAUUGGUCUCUCUGGAAUAAUAUCAGAGCAGAUAGAGCAAAUAAAAGAGCGUUUCUCAUUGUAUCUGGAUGAAAUUUCAGUUGCUGAAAUGGAAGGCUGGGCUUGCAUCCAUGGAAUCAAGAGGUAAGCCUGUUGCUGGCUGUUAUGAUGCAUUCAUGGCUCAGAAAAUUCUUUCUUGUAUGAUUCUCUGCUACACAAUUUGAAAACAUCUGGAUCAGAAUAUUCUAAUCUAAAUUUGAUAAAUAUGAUUUUAUAAUCAUUAAAUUUAUUGUCUGAAAAUA